AUUUAUUCAACUAACAGACAUACGUAGGCAGGAAGAGGAUGGUAUAAAACCCUGAGGUGAGUCAAUGAGGUCUCUAUUGGAGAAGCUCCUGAGGUGAAGAAGACCAGAGCUAGAAUGAUUCUGAUGAUUAAAUCUGCCGGGGCGAUCAUCCUUUUGUUGUCAGUUCUAAUUCAAACUGGACAACUUUAUCUAAACAAUGACGUCACUAACUUUGGCUGUGAGGAGUGCAAACUCAAGGAGAACAACAUCUUCUCAAAGCCCGGCGCCCCUGUGUAUCAGUGCAUGGGAUGCUGCUUUUCCAGGGCUUACCCGACACCUCUCAGGUCCAAGAAGACCAUGCUGGUCCCCAAGAAUAUCACAUCAGAGGCCACGUGCUGCGUUGCCAAAGAAUUCAAACGGGUUUUUGUCAAUGAUGUAAAACUAGUGAACCACACAGACUGCCACUGCAGCACUUGCUACCAUCAUAAAUCCUAGAUAUCAAGCCUUCAAAGGCACACUUACAUGCAGACAAGGCAGUCGAUGCUUGCUUGGCUAGUGUUGUGAAGACGUCACUUGACUGUAAGUUAUAUUGCAAAAAGGCAUUGUUGCUUAUGUGCAGGUUAAAUGUUCUAUGCUUAAAAUUCCAUUUGUUAUCAAUGUUAAAUUGUUAUUCUCAUUGUUUUAGAGAACUAGAGGAAAAUAUAUCAUGACUAUAUGUGAUCAUGUUUAGUUGGGAAAUUCUGGUCUUAAUUCCAAUCAUGGGUUUUCAAAAUAAAGCCUCUGCUGCAACCAGCCGUA